AUGUCGGACGCGCCAGACUCAAAACGCCAGCUGCGCGACGCGCAUGCCCGCGCCGCAGCUGAGCCUACUACCGCCGACAUCUAUGGCCAGCGCCACGGUAUCCCCGACGACGUGCAGGCUGCGCUUCAGAACGUUGGGCGCCGGAACCGCAUGAUGGUAUCGCAGGGUCGCAGUCUGCAGCCGACCCAAUCCCUCCCCGUCCUCCCCUCGAACUCAGCCAUAUUCCUCAGCGAUCGCGACGCGCAAGCCCAAGCCCGCCUAAUCGUCAAGGACGAUCUCCGCCUCCGCGAGCUGCAACCAUACUCGUCGACUCCGACCAAUGCGCUCUCUCUUUCGCCGCGCACGCGUGCAGCCGAGCUCGCAGCGGACCAGCGCCUCCGCUUCAGCGCCGACGGCGAGGUGGUCGUCGAGCGGCGGCGCGGCCACAAGCGCAUGGGAGAGGGUGGGGAGGGUGACGAGCCCUCCGACGCCGACGCGGUCAACCACGCGUUCCCGCCUGCGCAAGUCGUUCCAUCGCGGCCACAGCCAGUCCAGGUGGACGACUUCCCACCCGUCUUUAUCAACCCCACCUCUGUUCCCGAGCUGUCUAAUGCCAUGCCACCGCCGCCUGUUCCUGCGCGCGCGUUUGCUGGCAUGCCACGCCGUCAGCUGCGGCCGACUAUGAGCGCGCCGGUUGGACGCCUGGGAAGCGAGCAGGGGGGGCUGCGUGGGUUCGGGAUGCCUGUCGACGAGGAUGACGGGUUCAAUGUUGAUGAUUGGGCAGCGGAGCACGAAAGCGGAGAGGAUCUGGGGGGUUGGACUCUGAGUGAGCAGUUCUAG